GUUGAUGCUAGGUCAACACCAUCACAACCACCAUGGCCGACGAUACACGAGAAGAACAAAAUGUGACUCCAGAUGACCCAGCGCAGCCCGCGCGCCGUCCAAAGCGACGACACGACAUCCCUAAAUCUCAAGCCCAGAAGAUGUGGGAUGCGCUCGGGAGCCCGUCAGAUCCUGCAAAUGAAAUGCCCGGAGGUACAUACAAUUCAGCUGGCGGCAGACCGGCAGAGGUGUCUUGGAAGGAUGCAUUCAAAUUCUCGUAUCAAGGUAAAGGCCCAGCCUGGUAUCAGACACCUUGUGCGAGAGAUUCCUUGCUGGUCGGCAUCGCUGCUGGGGGCGGAGUUGGAGGCUUGCGAUUUAUUUUAAAAGGACUUUCGUCUAUGUUGGUGACCUCCAACUGGGCAGUCGGGGGGUUUGUGCUCACAGCUAGUGGCAUGUACGCCUGGUGCGAACGUAGACGAAGGGAGGAGCAGCGAGGCAUUGCUCAAGCUGUUAUUGGAAUGAAAAUGUUACAAGAGAAGAAAGCCCGAGAAAGAGCUGCCGCAGAAGCAAAAGCGAAAGAAGAGGAGGAAGCUCUGAAAAAGCAGAGCCAGAGAUGGUACAAGUUCUGGUGAGAAAAAUUACUGUCUUGCUUAUCAUGCAUCUGCAGGCGUUCUGGGAUGAUAAUGUACACUAUUUGCUGCUGGACGCAGUUAGCGCAUCUGAACGUUGGAAUAUCUCGAAUAUUUUGAAGACUGUUUCAUCGCGGGUGUCCUGGGAAAAUCAACCAUCCUCAAAAUGGACGCGGACACUUUUGCGUGGAGAGUUAUCAAGAGACGGCACAUCCUCUCUAUCGCUUAUGAAGCGUUUUCUCCUCUCACUUCUCUGUUGCCUCGCUUCGCGUGCCUCUCGAUUUUUAUACUCCUCCAGUUGUUGUUUCCUCCGUCGCGAUCUGGACCAUGCGAUAGCAGGCGUUGGGC